AUGCUUUCCGGAGUUCAAUACAACGGCAUCGACCCUCCGCCUUUCGAAUUGCCCUUCGUCAACAACCCCGAUGUGGCCACCGAGAAUACGCUCAAGCUCAUGGAACAAACACCCGACGCGCGCAAGCGUCUCAUUUUUACGUCACUCACCCGUCACCUCCAUGCAUUUAUGAAGGAGACUAAGAUUACGAUGGACGAGUGGGAAGCCUCGCUCGCAUUCCUGAACCGCGCGGGCAAGCUAAGCGACCGUGGCGAGCCGGAGAUCAUCAUGGCCCUCUUCGGCGUGCACCCGCUUCUGGAGGCCAUGAACAAUACGUCACAGCCCAACAUCACCGAGAGUGCCCCGCUCGGUCCGUUCUUCAGCGAGCAUACCCAGGAAGUCUCAAACGGAAACUCCAUCGCUUCGGAAGGAAAAGGUGAAUACAUGUACGUCGAAGGACGCGUGCUCGAUACCGAAGGAAAUCCCGUUGCGAAUGCCGUUAUCGAUGCAUGGGAGGCUGAUGAUACCGGACACUAUGACCUUCAAUACGCUGGCCAAACGCCCGACUGCCGCGGUCGUCUUCGCACAGAUCCCGAGGGCAAAUUCAGCUUCCGCGCAAUCGUCCCUCUCGCCUACCCUGCCACGGCCGACGGACCAGCGGGAGACCUGCUCCUCGCGAUGAAUCGCCACAAUAUGCGCCCCGCGCAUCUGCACAUGGUCUUCGACGCGCCGGGCUACGACAAGCUGACCACCCAACUGUACUUCCGCGGAGAUAAAUGGCUGUCAACCGACAUCGCUUUGGGGGUCAAGGAAAGCUUAGUAGUUGAUCUGGAGCAGGUGGAUGACAUUGAGCGCGCAAGGGCCCUUGGCUUCGGGCGCCCCGAGCGAGGGUUCAAGUUGCUCAAGAAAGAUAUCUUUUUACGCAAAAGCUCGGAUGCGGAAGGGAGGCCUGGCUAUGAAACUACUUCCGUCUGA